AUGACGCUCUCAGGAAAUUACCUGCAUCUUGCCUUCCUGAUGACAACAGUUUUUUUCCUGUCCCCUGGAACAAAAGCAAACUACAUCCAUAUGUGGGCUAACAACACUGUCUGGGAUCCAGUUAUCCAAAACAAGUCAGACGAAAACCAAGAUAAAAAUAUUAACACAACUCCUGAAGCAGGUGACUAUAAAGGCAACUCUACAAGUAUGCCUGAAAUAGCAAUAUCAACUGACAUCAAAUCUUUAACUACCAAAUUUGAACAGGAGAGUUAUACACCUUCUAUAAUCAGGAACAAUUCUCCAACAGUACAGAACAUAAAAAACACAAGCAAGAGUCAUAGUGAAAUUUCCAAAAAGGAUGUCUGUGAUGAAAACAACAACAAAAUGGCCAUGCUCAUUUGCUUCAUUAUCAUUGCACUGCUUUUUCUUAUCUGUACUCUUCUAUUUCUAUCAACUGUGAUUCUGGCAAACAAAGUCUCAUCUCUCAGAAGAUCAAAACAAGCAGGCAAACGUCAGCCUCGAAGCAAUGGUGAUUUUCUGGCAAGCAGUGGGCUCUGGCCUGCUGAUUCAGACACUUGGAAAAGAGCAAAACAGCUCACAGGGCCCAACCUAAUGAUGCAAUCCACUGAAGUGCUCACAGCUACAAGGGGAAGAAAAGAUGAAGAAGGAACUGAAAGACUAACUAAGACUUUAAUGAAGAUAAAUGCAACAUAG